AAAUUCACCGACUCCAGUCCAGUCGCACGCCGGCCGUCGGAUCGAGUGUUUCGCGCAUGCGUCGUGCCGCUUCACCAACGAACUGACAUUUCGAACGUAAAUAAACAAGUGAAUGUUUUAGUGUCUGAAUUAUUUAUAAGUGUGUGUUGAAUUACAUAUAAAAAAAAUUACAUUUAAUAAUAAUAUAAUCUCAUUGGUUUCGAAUAAGUCCAAUUUGUGCAGCGAUUCUGCGAAUUAACUCGAAGUUAUGUGCUGAAGAAGAUAAAAAUAAUAAUUAUUAUAAUGCAUCUUCAAACUGUUUUAAUUUUAAGCGCUUUAUUUCUUUGUGAUGCAAAACUGCCGAGGUUUAAGCAGCACACGCAACCCAACGACUUACCAUUCAAUUCCGCACAGAACUCUCAAUCGACACAAAAUCUACAAACAGGAAAUAAGAACGAGAAAAUAAGUCGAAUAGUCGACCAAUAUAGAACACGACAUAGAAGGGAAUCCUUUGCCUCGAAUUCAUACGAAUCAGAUUUAAUAUGGGCACACGCAGAGAGGUUAGAUGAAAACGGUGACGUAAUUUUGCGGUGGGUGAAUACGGAUUCGACUAUAACGUUCAGAUUAGAAGCGAGGACCCGUGGUUACGUCGCUUUAGGAUUCAAUUCGGCGAGAAAUAUGAGAGGGGCGGACUUGGUCGUCGCUUGGGUGGACGACAGAUACGGCAACGCUCAGAUCUUGGACUGUCACGGACUAGCGUUCGAUGACCGGGCGGUUGCGGACGAGGUGCAGAACUACGAGAUGGUAUUGGGCUUUCAAAACGACACGCACACAAUCGUGGAAUUUAGAAGACAGCUGGACACGUGUGAUCGACAGGACUUCGUCAUUGGUGAAGACACAACCCAAAUUUUAUGGGCGCUUGGACCAGAAGGCUCGGACGGUGAACUUCCAAAACAUGUUGAGAGUGGUUCUCGACCUCUACGAUUAUUACAGCCACUGUCCAAACCAGACACUAUACCGCUAAAGCAUUGGGACGUUAAAAUUAAUAACCUGACAAUUCCACAUGUCAUGGCAACAUUAUUCUGGUGCAAAGUUUUCAAAGCGCCCGAAUUAACAAAGAAGCACCACAUAGUUGGCUACCAACCUUUAAUAGACAGCAGACCAAUCAGAAAUGGAAAACCAGUCCAAGAAAAGAACAGUCUUUCCCCUGUCCAUCAUAUGGUGUUGUACGAAUGUGCUGAAGACCAUGAUAAGAGGCAAUGGAAUGAGUGGUCCGAAAGUUCAGGGUUUUUUGGACCAGCUCGACCGGGCGAGCUCGCAACAUGUGUGACUCCCAUUGCAGCUUGGGCUAUGGGAUCCAAGGGUGAAUUCCUGCCUGAGAACGUUGGCAUCCCGCUAGGCGAGAAAGGAGGAGUCUCCUACUAUAUGCUUGAAGUUCAUUACGACAAUCAAGCGCUUCAUGAAGUUUUAGAUAGUUCUGGCAUCCGUAUCCACUAUACCCCAGCUUUACGAGCGCAUGACGCCGCGCUCUUGGGUGCUGGUGUGGGUGUGUCCGCGCUUCACGUCAUAGCGCCAAAACAGAACGCGUACAGAACUGUGGGCAUUUGUAGUCCAGAGUGCACCAAUAGCACUAUGCCAGAAGAUGGAAUAAAUAUUGUAUCAGUUUUGUUACACGCUCACGGUACUGCGAGAAAAAUUUCACUGAAGCACAUACGAGGCACCGAAGAACUACCUAGGAUAUCUGAGGAAAACGCUUAUGACGCUCGCUAUCAGCAAUCACGAAUUGUUCCAGGUGGACGAAAGUUCUUUAAGGGCGACACAUUAAUCACUGAAUGUACUUACGAUACUAGAUCCAGAGAUAAACCUAUCUUGGGAGGAUAUUCUGCGGCACAGGAAAUGUGUCUGUCAUUCAUAUUAUACUAUCCACGAACCGAAUUAGCUGGCUGCUACUCUAUGACUCCAGUCGUCGAAUUCUUUGAGACAUUCGGUGUUCGAGAGUUCUAUGGAUUGAGUAUGAUGCAGGUUGAGAACAUAUUUUUAUCUUCAGGGUAUUUAGAAAACUUGCCUUCAGAACUGGAAGAGAUUACAAGGGAUCACAGUGCGGAAGAGACGGCUAUGCAAGGAGACGACCAAGGCGUUGGUUUGAUGAAAGAAUUAGUAAUUAAAGAACCCUCGGAAUUCCGCAAUAAGACAUUCAUGGCGCACUUGAACGAGAUGCCUUGGCAUGAGCCGUUAUUAACCGAACAAAUAGAAAAGACCCUGUACAGAGGCUUUCAUAUGACCUUCUGUAAGAAGAGAGACGAUAGCUGGGGAGCGCCUAUCCAGAUACAAAAUUAUCCGAAUUACACAAAAAUAACGAGCAACGACGCUUCAGAGAAAUCGUGUAACUAUAAAAGCGUUAGAUUACACUCAAAAACGAAUACAACGGGUUCAUCCACGAUAAAUAAAUUGCAAUCCGUCAUCUUGGCUGUUUGGGCUUUGGUCAUAAUCGCGCGGUAAUAAAAAAAAAAGAAACGAAAUUAUUCUGUUGUUUUAGUUUUUGAGUUUUUAUGGCGAGAGCUUAUUCAGUUGUUUUUGGAAUAAUUUCCACUCGUUUUGUACAAGUAUGUAUCGAAAAAUGUUUUUUGCCAAAUUAUUUUAUAUUAUCCGUAUCAUUAUGUGUAUUUAUUAUCUGUGGAUAAUGAUUUUACAAGAGGACUCGGUUUUGUGUGUAGCAUUAAAACUUGGCAGUUGUCUGAUUGUUAUGAUAUAAAUAUAAAAUAAGCAUUAAUGUUAAGAGUCAACUCGCAUUGCAGAUUUUUCAGGCAAAUAAUUGUUUUGUACGUGGGUAUGGAAAUGUAUAUGCGCUUUAAUCGAAUAGGAAUAGGUUUUCAGGAAUAUACAUUUUUUUGAUAUCGAACGUAAAUUAACGGUAUUUAUGUAGUGUGAAUGUAUUUGUGAUAAUUGUACUUAUGUUUUUGCUCACGGAAACGUUUCAGAUAUCAACGUGUUCAAUUAUGAAUGUGUGAUCAACGAUACCAAAAGUAUGGUAUUAAUGUACUUUUUUUUUUGUUUUAACGAAUUCCUUUUGUAUUUUUUUAAUAUUAAUUUUUUAUUCAACGAAAAUAUUCCUGUUUUUUUUUCUUUUUUGAAGUAUUUAAAUAUAUUUAAACAAAUGUUCCUUUGAUUAUUUCAUCAGUGAAAUGUAAUUUAUAUAAUGAGGCGCAUUUUUUGUACAUAUAUUAUGAUAUUACCAGUUGUAUUUUGUGUGUAUAGUUACAAUCGAGACAAUUUGGUUUUUUUAUUGUAUUUGGUUGUUGGUUCAUUAAAAAUGUUAACCUCCAACUUUGAAACAAACGUACACCGUGCGUUAGAAUACAAUAUGAGUAUAGUCAGGUAAGGUUAGGGAUAGGGCUCCCCCCCAAGAUAAUCCGUUGGUAUAUUGACAGACAGAAAGAACUCAAAUAAAUGAUCGAUCAUUUUUAAAUCAGCCUUUUUCACAUCUAAGUACAUAAUAAAGUCUCGUGUACAGCAAUCUUACAUAAUUAUUGUAUGAACAAGCGAAUUGAGAAUCGACCUUAUUUUUAAUGUCGAUUUUUUGUGUUUUUUUUUUGAGCUCUCGUUCCUGUCCUUAGAACUAAACUUUAUGCCAAUAAUAAACGAUAACUUUGUAUAUUCAUACAUACUUAUGAAAAUAAAUAAUUGAUAUGCUGUAUAGUUAAUUUCAAGAGAAUUUGAUUAAGAAAAGUAAAAAAGUUCUAAGUUUUAUUUAACCUCUAAUUUAACUUCAAUUUGUCGAGGAAUCUGUGCUGAGAUGAAUACUUUUUAUCAUAAUAUAUACAAUGUAUGUUUUCUAUCACAUUUUUUCGUGCACUAAAACAAAAAAUGCACAAAAAUAGAUUUAGCCCAAAUAAGGAUAUUGUCCAGUUAAGCUUAGAGUACUAAUUAUGCAGAUACAAUAACAUUUAAAACCAUAAGUAACAGCCUGUAAAUGUUCCACUGCUGGGCUAAGGCCUCCUCUCCCUUUUUGAGGAGAAGGCUUGGAGCUUAUUCCACCACGCCGCUCCAAUACGGGUUGGUGGAAUACACAGUGGCAGAAUUUUGAUGAAAUUAGACACAUGCAGGUUUCCUCACGAUGUUUUCCUUCACCGAAAAGCACGAGAUGAAUUAUAAACAGAAAUUAAA